AUGACUUCUGUGAUCUACUGUUGUGGGUUUAGACAUUUGACGCUGAAAACGCAGCCAGUCUGCGUUAAUUUUGUUGUUAGAUGUCUAGCAACUGAGAGGCCUGGGCGCCAGCUGUCAAAACAGGAGCCUAGAAAGUUAAAAAUUACGCCAGUCCCACCUCCAAGUGGUUUGACAGAUGCAAUUGGCCCACCUGACUCGAUUUCAAACAUCCGCCCAAUACAGUUCUAUGUUCCACCUGAUGAAACACACACAGAGAAAGAUUUUCGACUUCAGCGACAAGAAGUUCUUGAGUGGAACAAACAGUUCUGGACAGACCACAACUCCAGAUUUUUCCAGGAGAAGGAAGAAUAUGUUCAAGCUCAUCAAGCCAAAGACAGUGAAGGGAAUAUUCAAAAGCUCUCUCCGGAAGAGAUGUCUGUAUUUUAUAAGACAUUUCUCAAUAAGAACUGGCAUUCUCAUCUGAAUUACAACAAGGAGUGGUACAAGAAAAACGUGUCCCUGCUCUGGCCCGCUUUUAAAGUUUUAAUCAUACGUCUGACAAGAAAAAUGAAGAAAACAUAG